AUGUACGCCGAAAACCAGAACAUAGCUUCAGAAACUAAACCCGAAGCAACUGCUGUUGACAAUAUUGUUGAAGACGACCCUGGAGAGUUCUCAGAAAGACUAGAACCCAAUAAAUUUACAGAAAAUAAAAAUAGAAGAAAUUUUACGGCCCUCAACAACAUUAACGAACGUCGCUUAAUUUUUUAUGUUAUCGAUCCAGAUUGA